AUGUGGUGUCGACUAAGGGCUGGCUGCUGCUUGGCACCAGUCCUGGUGUUCGCUUUGACUGCAAUCACGCGGGCUUAUACUCUCAAUCCCAAUUCUACAGACUCAGUCAAAAUGGUUUCUAGACAAAUUGCAGACGACAUGAUCGACAAUUACUAUUUUGGCCACUUGCCGGGGAACCAACCGGGGAUACUACCAAAGCCAUAUUACUCAGUGAACGGCCGCGCAACAGGGUGGGAGGGAGGUGCUCUAAUGGGCGCUCUGAUCGACUAUUGGUACUACACGGGCGACACCAAGUUCAACAAGAUGACGAUGGAAGGUCUCCUCGCCCAAGUCGGCGAAGAAAAAGACUACAUGCCGGCAGCCCAGGCCUUCAACGAAGGUAACGAUGAUCAGGGCUUUUGGGGAGUGGCGGUUAUGGCGGCAGCAGAGUACAGGUUUCCAGAUCCGCCCCCGGACAAACCGCAGUGGUUGGCGCUCGCGCAAGCUGUUUUUAACACGCAGGCAUCGCGCUGGGACAUGGGCAACUGCAACGGCGGGCUGCGUUGGCAGGUCUACGACUGGAACAAUGGCUUCGACUACAAAAACACGAUUUCACAGGGAUGCUUCUUCAAUAUAGCAUCCAGACUGGCGCUCUAUACGGGCAACGCGACGUAUGCCGAGUGGGCAGAUCGGGCGUGGGACUGGAUAUGGGGGAUCGGCAUCAUCGACGCCGAGACGUGGUGGAUUCAGGACGGAGCCAAGAUCGCGGGCAACUGCACCGAUAUAACUCCAUACGUAUGGACCUACAACACGGGCGUCUUGAUGCAUGGCGUAGCGGCCAUGUACAAUUUCACGACCGGCGCAUCACGGCAGAGGUGGGCAGACCGGCUCGACAAGAUUGUGGACAUGUCCAAAGUCUUUUUCAACGGCACCAACAAAGACGUCAUGUCCGAAGUGGCUUGCGAGCCUGUCGGGCGAUGUAACAUUGACCAACAGUCUUUCAAAGCAUACCUCUCGCGAUGGAUGGCAGCCACGACAAAAUGGGCACCCCAGACCUCUGACCGAAUCAUGCCCCUGCUGAGAUCUUCGGCGGUCGCUGCAGCACAGCAGUGCACUGGCGGCGAUAAUGGCCGCAUGUGUGGUUUGCGGUGGAUAGAUGAAGGGCGAAAUGACGGGCUGUUUGGACUGGGCCAAAUGAUGGCAGCGCUCGAGGUCGUUAUAAGCGUCAUGGCUGUCAACUCGAGCGCGCCUGUGACAGACAACUCGGGCGGUACGUCGAGGGGCGAUCCUGGUGCUGGUGGUAGAGACAUUGGCAGGACCCGCUUCGAGUCUUUUGCGCCCAUCAGCUCAGCGGAUAGGGCCGGAGCGUACGUGCUUACUGUGGCCAGUCUGGUGAGUCUUUUUGCGGCUAUCGUGUUCAUGCUGCUUGACGAGACGGAGAAGAAGUCAUGGCCGGAGCGGUGGUCAGAGUUGCGCUUGUUCAUCGUGCAUGGAGGGAGGUCCGGUGAUGGCACGGCUGCUAUAGCAGCGGGAGGUUUGCUGCGCAAAAAGGACCCCUCAGUGAAGGAAAAAGGCAAGGCUGUCGAUUCUGUUGGUGAGAUAAAUAGAUCCGACAGUGAUGGAAAUACAGGGACGGGAAUCGCAGACGCCAACCGAAGCAAAAACGUCAACAGCACGCGGGUCUUGUUCAUAGACCCAGCCUCUGCCAGACAAGCCCCUGACAGCGGACCUGCUCCUGAAAAAGGAGCAGGGUUUCGAAGGUCUGCCACCCAGCAAUUGGAGAGGGCAGGGCCAAAAGCAAAGCGCAACUCACUUAAGAAGUCGGCAACGCCGAACAGUCAAAGACAGUCCAGAGUGUCGGCCUAG